UUGUCCCUGCGUGCAUAACCCUCCCCUCAGACAUGAAUUAUAUUUAGAAUAUCUCUGGUGCCAGACAGAGAGCACCCCAUUGGAUAGCUAAGCUGCCACUCACCAAGUCUGAAGACAUAUCAAGCUAGCAGCACUUUAUUGUCCACAGUAGGGAGUGCAUUUGCAGCCAAAUUUAACCAAGGAGGCAAAGGAGAGUACAAACAGAAGACUUGUGUGUUUCAGCAGGACCUGAAUUCACUCUACAGGGAAAUAGGUUCCACUGAGCAAGCACUGAAUGCUUGUUCCAUUUACUUCUGUGAAAAGUUGAAAGUUGUGAAUAAUAUCAGCCCAGUUUCAGUCAAUUCAAGGACAUGAUAUUGACUGGGGGAGUUCCACUUCGCCACCUGUAUCAGUGACCUGCAUGGAUACUACAAAAAAAGAGCACUCUUCCUGCUGGAGAUGAGCGCAUUGAGAAGGUGCCCAGAUCGUCUCCCCUCGCAGAGCUAGGCCAGUACUGGAGCCAGGAUGGGGGACUGGAACCUGCUGGGGAAGCUGCUGGAGAGUGCCCAGGAGCAUUCCACGGUGGUGGGCAAAGUCUGGCUCACCGUCCUGUUCAUCUUCCGAAUCCUGGUACUGGGUGCCGCCGCCGAGAAGGUGUGGGGCGACGAGCAGUCAGGCUUCACCUGCGACACCAAGCAGCCCGGUUGCCAGAACGUCUGCUACGACAAGACCUUCCCCAUCUCGCACAUCCGCUUCUGGGUGCUGCAGAUCAUCUUUGUCUCCACACCAACGUUGAUUUACCUGGGCCACAUCCUGCACCUGGUGCGAAUGGAGGAGAAACACAAGCAGCAGGAGAAGGAGCGGGCUCAGCUCGCCCUGCAGAACGACAAGCAGCCGCUGCUCGGGAGCAAGGCCAAGAAGGCCUCGGUCCGGGACGAGCAGGGCCGCAUCCGCCUGCACGGGGUCCUCCUGCGCACCUACGUCUUCAACGUCAUCUUCAAGACCCUCUUCGAGGUGGGCUUCAUCGUGGCCCAGUACUUCCUUUACGGCUUCGAGCUCAAGCCCCUCUACACAUGCAACCGGCCGCCGUGUCCCAAUGUGGUCAACUGCUACAUCUCCAGACCCACCGAGAAGACCAUCUUCAUCCUCUUUAUGCUGGUAGUGGCCUGCAUCUCCCUCCUGCUCAACCUGGUGGAGAUGUACCACCUGGGUUUCACCAAGUGCCGCCAAGGGCUGAGGUACAGGCGCUCUCACCUCGCAUCUGAAUUGGGCUCCAAGGCUCCCAGCGAGGCUGCGGUUCCUUUCGUACCCAAUUACAACUGUUUUCCCAGGCACCAUCCUGUCCCUGGACCCUUUCAGACUAGUGCCGGGUUCAGCCUCUCACCGCUCACAGAGCCGGACUCCAUUUACCAGCCCUACAACAGCAAGGCUUACAAGCAGAACAGGGACAACCUGGCCGUGGAGCGCAACAGUAAACCCGAGGAAUGCGACCUGAAGGUGAAGAAGGGUUCAGGCUCGGCCCCGGGGUCGCCGGUGGAGAACCAGCGUCGGCCCAGCCGCUCCAGCAAGCACAGCAACAAUAAGACCAGACUGGACGAUCUGAAGAUCUGAGACCCUGCCUCUCCACUGAGGCAGUCGGAGAAACACUAGUAACUGACAUAAGCUGUUUGUGUUCUACUGAGGAUAUGUGGUCUCAUGUUCAAGCAUGAACAUACAUUGUUGUAUGCAAUGAUCAUAAUACAAGACUGUACAUGUCUUCCAACUGAAGCAAUGGGGGGUGGCAAGCACUAGUAGGCAAGGAACAAUGUAGUAUACCUUUUCGUCUGCCUAAGGUGUUUCCUCUAUGGCUGGUCCCAUGUGUCUACAAUAUUGUACUCCAGUAUGUGGGUACACUUUAAGCUAGGACUUCGCUGUUGAACAUAUUCAAGUGUUUACUUGAAACCUAUGUAUUUGCCAAAACAAGUAUUCUGAAUCCAUACAUCCAUGAGUCAGAGAUUAUGAAUACUACCACUUCUAUUAUCAUACCACUACUGUAUUAUGACUAGAGUAUUACGACAAAUAACUUGCAAACCUUUCACACACUUCUCAAAUGCUUCAAACGACAACACGCUUUAAAAAAAAAAAAAUGACCCAAUGUUCAUAUGCUAGUGCAUAAGGGUGUUUGUUUUCUUGUACCAAACACUUAAACCUGUCUUUUCCACCCAAGGGGCCUGCACUGUCAGGGUCUAAAGGAUUAUUAAAGCAAUGAUUCUUUGAUUCUUCCCCCAGCAGACAGACAAAGAAAGCACUCGGAUCAAGUUCCAAGGCACAAAUCACAAAUCA